AUGGCGAAAGUCAGACAUGACAUCAAAAGCGAACACGGUAUCCGUGUGAAGUGCGGUAUCAAAGGCGAGAGUAGAUAUCAAGACGACUCACCUAUUUAUUUGGUUAUGGAGGACGACUACGAUCACUCGGGACGAUGGUUAAAUUGCGACUGUCCGUCCGUCUCGGAGCCCCGCGGUAGUAUGCGAGCGAGCGGGCCGAUAAAUGGAGGGUGGCGCGGGGCGCCUGACGCGGCCGGCGCGAUAUACAGUUCGACGCACCUACAGCAUUGUGCUUGUGUACACCACUAUCGAUGA